ACGGGAAUCAACGCGGCUAGACGCGCUGGUGGACUUUCGGUCGAUUCUGUCCUUCUUCGUCGACAUUCCAGCUCCUCCGGAGAGUUGCGACCUUGCUUGAACCAUCUCCGACAGUCCAAGUAACGAAACGACCUCCCAAAGUCACCGCAACUCCUAUCAAAAUGUCCGCUCGAAUUCCCGUCACCAAGGCCUCGGCCAUGUUCGCCCGCCGCCAGCCACAGGUUAUCCAAAUCACCAAGCGCAUGCAAUCUACCUCCGCCCCUCAAUUCCACAAUCCCGCCUACCCUCUCUACCCCUCCGUCAGCCAGCUCCUGCACCAGAAGAACAUCCCCGAGUCAGAAGUCUCCAAGAUCCCCGCUUCCGGACCUAAGGGCCGUCUCCUGAAGGGUGAUGUCCUCGCCUACAUCGGUCAGAUCGCCGCCGAGUACCCAGCCGCUCAAGCCGCCUCACUCGCCAAGCUGGCCCACCUCGACCUGAGCAACAUCAAGAUCGCUGCGCCGGUCUCUUCCCCCGCCGCGCAGGCCGCAGAGCAAGUCAAGGAGGAACCGGUUGUCGCUAAGCCCCCGCCCAUGACCUCAAUCGCAAUCUCAGUUUCCCUUGCGGCCGUCCUGUCUGCUCAGAAGAAGAUCCAGGAUAACCUAGGGGUCACUGUCCCCCUCUCCAGAUUCCUGGCUGUGGCUACUGAUCUCGCCAACGAUGAUUUGCCUCGCGCGAAGAACUACACUCCCUCUGCUGAUGAGCUGUUUGAGGAGGUCCUUGGUGCCGAGCCCGUUACUAUCUCGCGUGGUGACUACAUCCCUGAGUUGAAUGCUUAUGAGGCUGCUGAGGCAUACCGCCCGUCAGCUCCUGUUGCGGAGGAUAUCAUUGAUAUCCUGAGUGCCAAGCCUGGCAAGAAGAAUUCUUCUGUGGCGCCUUCCGUUGAGGGCUCUGCUGGUGCUUCCAAUGUCUUCAGCUUAGUUGUUCCGGUUGGUGAGGAGGUGCGCGCCAAGGCGUUCCUGGAGCGGAUUAAGACCCUCCUGCAGGUCGAGCCUGCACGUCUAGUGCUUUAAAAUGUGCUUUGAUUGAUAUCACAUCUCUUUGAUCUUUAAGAGAUUUUAUAUUUUAUGUUUAACAUCUCCAUUGCGUUCUGGAGGACCCAAGGCUCUUGUAUUUAGUAUAGCAUAGGUAAUUUGAUACCGCCUGGGUCAGAUUUUAGUGAGUGG